AUGCAAGGUUUCGUCGUUGGCUGUGACGUGUUUGUCAUGGCUUCCAGCACAAUCUACUUCCACUUGAAGGCCACAGGGGAGGAUGACGUCAUGAUAGAAACGAUUUUACGCAAAGACAUCAUCCUGGCGUCCCAUCGGAAGAACGUUUCUAUCAGCUCCGAUGCUUUCACAGCAACGUCUGGUGCCUUCCAUAGACAAGGGCCUGGAGGGUCUUUCAUCCAGGAAAGUUUCCACAGUUCGACGGACUACCCCACGUACAUCGCAUGGCAAACGUUGUCGACAGACUUGUCCGAAAAAAUUCGGCAAGGAUCUCUGCGUCUGAACCGGGCCAACACGUUGGAAUACGCCUCAAUCACUGAGGAGGCAGGUGAAAGAAGCCCUCUACUUCAUGGUCGACAGACAGAAAAGUUGUCCGGGUCGUCCAUCUCCACGCCAGCUGUUCAGCAAGGAAUCGCAUGGACAGUAGCCGCAUUUCUGAUGGUGAACACCGCCCUUGGUGCCGGAGUCCUCAAUUAUCCGGCAGCCUACGAUCGGGCUGGAGGAAUAGUUUCUGCAACAAUAAUGCAAAUUGCGAUGAUGAUAAUGGUGGGAGGUACCAUGCUUGUACUGGGUUACUGUUCAGACCUGAACAACGACAACACCUACCACGACGUGCUCAUGUCUACGUGUGGCAAGCGAGCCCAGCAAAUGGCCGCCGGCUCUAUCUUGCUGUCUUGCUACAUAAUUUGCAUUACUUUCUUUAUAAUCAUCGGAGACCAGUAUGACAGGUUGUUCUUGUCUGUGUAUGGAGCCGAUUUCUGCCACAACUGGUACAUGAACCGUCGGUUUACCAUACUCGUCACUGCGCUGGUCUUCGUUAUGCCUCUGUGUUACUUUCAAAGGCUAGAUUUUCUCAAGUAUGCCAGUUCCUUAGGGAUCUUCGUCAUGCUGUACCCGGUAUUCCUGACAAUCUAUGCUUAUAGCAAAGGGACAAACGAACAAGUGGAAAUGAAGACUAGGCCUACCAGCUUUAUAGACGUGGUUGUCACGAUGCCAGUCAUAUGCUUCGCUUAUCAGGCGCACGAAGUGGUGAUCACUAUCUACUCCAACCUUCGCGACCGUCGUUUGGCCAACUUGACAAAGUGUACAGUCAUCUGCAUGCUGUUCAUGUUUGUGGUGUAUUGCCUAAUCGGUACUUUCGGCUACCUCACGUACGGCUCAAACGUCAAGCCCGACAUUAUGCAGAUGUUUGAUGCUUCUGACCCUUGGGUUGUCUUCGGUAUUACGGCCCUCAUCGUGAAGAUGGUCACGACUUAUCCACUGCUAAUCUUUUGCGGACGGGGUGCAUUCGACGGCAUGUAUGCUGAGGCAAUGAAGCUUUCUGCGGACGAUUACAUUCACGGAGAGCGCAGACGUCGUCUGGCCAUCACCACGGGAUGGUUCACUACUUCACUCGCAUUAUCGGUUGUCAUUUCCAGCAUCGGCGUUGUUUUGGAGCUACUUGGGUGCCUCGCCGCUGCGAACGUCUUCAUAUUUCCUGGCAUGUGCUUAAUAGGCAUGGCCUACAAGAAGGACAAGUUCCGAUUGAAGCAUGUCAAACUGAUAUUCUGCGCUGGAGCAGUGAUGACUACCUUCGGCGUGCUUAUAUUCGGCUUAGUUUUUGUGCAGUCUGUGAAAGAAUAUAUGGAAACCGGUGGUACGCACCAUCUGCUCUGCAAGUAACUUGCACUGCUGUUUCGAUUUUAAACUAACAUUCGCAAUGUCAAGUGUAUCUGUUUCCGUUUAUUUUAAUAUAUCUAUGUAAAUGCAAGAAUGAGUAUUGUACAAUAAAGUUUUAUCUUCGCCUUUUA